AUGUCUGACGAAACAAAGCCCGUAGAGACCAAGGAGGUGCCAGCUCCACCCACUGCAUCCGUCUUCUCGAUGUUUGGCGGUGCUCCAAAAAAGGAAAAGGUGGAGGAGACUACUGAGAAGAAGGAGGAGGAAGAGAAGGAGGACAAGGCCGAUGAAGAGGCUCCCGAGUCGCCAGACGUCCAUUUCGAACCCCUUGUGAAGCUUGAGAAGGUUGAGGUGAAGACCAAUGAGGAGGAUGAGGAGGUUUUGCUGAAGGUGCGCGCCAAGUUGUUCAAGUUCUUUGCUGAGUCGAAGGAGUGGAAGGAGAGGGGAACCGGUGAUGUCAAGUUUUUGAAACACAAGCAGACUGGAAAGGUCCGGUUAUUGAUGAGGAGAGACAAGACGUUGAAGGUUUGUGCUAAUCACUACAUUUCGCCAGACUAUGCGCUGAAGCCCAAUGUGGGCUCGGACAGAUCGUGGGUGUACUCUGUUACUGCUGAUGUUGCAGAGGGCGAACCCGAAGCAUUGACCCUGGCCAUCAGAUUUGGCAACAAGGAGAAUGCGGACAACUUCAAGACGGAGUUUGAGAAGGCGCAGGAGCUGAACAAAAAGACCGACUAA